AUGAUUGCGUUGCCGAAUUCAUAUGAUAGCGUCGAUGAAUAUACGGAAGAUCUCAUCGAGUUUAUUGGAGCGCCCCUAGUUCGCCAGAUUACUGGGGACAUCCACGUCAACGACUCACUCAUCUACAAUGCCUGGGACGCUCUACCCGUGGAAUGGACAUCCUGGUGGAAAUCAUUCCCAGAUCAUCGCAUAGCCCAACAAGACUUGAUCGACAGCAUCGAAGAGUUGGGACCCUCCUCGCUGGCAAAUGAGGAAGCAAAUGAAAGCCAACGACACCAACAAUUGCCAGACAGGCCAGAAUCGCUGUCUAAGUGGCUCGAGAGCAUCCGGUCGCUCGCUCUUCCACGAGACCAACGCCCCGGCAAGACUAUCGCCCUCCCAGAGAUCCUAACAAGCCGCAUGAAGACCAAAAAGAUUGCAGAGGUCUCCACCGCCGCCGCAUACAUCCACAACGUCUGCCAAACAAACAACAUAACCCACGUCAUCGACAUGGGCUCAGGCCAAGGCUACCUCUCCAUCGCACUAGCCUACCUCUUCCCAGAGCUCCGCGUCCUAGCUAUCGACGGCAGCGAGUCCCAAAUCGCGGCCUCAAAGGCCUGCGCAGCCAGUCUCGGUAUUCCUGAAAGCAGAAUCCAGCACAUGCGGCGCUACAUCGACGGCACGCCACCUUUGGCGGACGAGAUGGCGGCCUGGGCUGAAGACGAGAAGUGCAUGCUGGUCGGCCUCCACGCGUGCGGGAAUCUGUCUGAGCACAUGCUGAGGUACUUCGCCACGGUCCCGUUCAUCGUGUGUCUGGGCGCCGUCGGAUGCUGCUACAACCACAUCGUCCCGCGUUCCGCCAGUUGUCCUGAUGGAUUUCCCAUCAGUGCAAAGAUGCGAGACAGAAACGUCACGCUGAGUGCCACGGCGCUCAUGACGGGCUGCCAGGCGCCGAAUAAUUGGGAAAGGGCAGACCCGAGCAAACCAGAGUCGACGUACUCCAAACGUCGCUUCUAUCGAGCCUUAUUGGAGAAGAUUUUCCACGAUAAAGGGAUUGAACUCGAUAAGGAGGAUAGACCAGUGUGGGGCGUGCGAAAGGGAGACAUGGAUAGCUUUAAUGCGUUCGCACGCAGAGCGAUGGGAUGCCUGAACGUUGACGAGAGCAGAAUCAGCGAUGCUGAUCUCUUAGCUUAUGAAGAAAGGUAUCGAGGGUAUGAAGGCAAAGUGGCGAUCCUUUGGACGCUCAGUGUCCUGUGCUGCAAGGUUGUCGAGAGCGUAAUUGCUCUAGAUCGGUAUUUGUUCCUGACGGAGAACGGGGGGCAACAUGUCGACGUUGUGCCGAUAUUUGAUUAUACAAUAUCGCCACGGAAUCUGAUGCUCGUGGCUGAUAAGACAUAG